CAUCCAUGGAUGGUCCAACUUGGAAGGUCGCGGUGUCGCGUCCCGCGUCGAGUGCCGUCUUCCGCCUGCUUACCCUGUACCCUUCAAGGACCCCCUGCACACACCCAGAUCAAACGUCACUCACGGCUCACCCAUGACUCCAGCUUGAUUCAAGCCCUCAAGAUUGCACUGAUCAUCAUUCCAUCUUCAAAGCACACCCGCAAACAACCGCAAUGCCUCCCGUCACACAGUACGCACGCCUGACCCUCAAGCCCGGCACAGAGGCCGACGCCUUGGACGAGUCCACCCCGACAGGCAAGAUUGUCCAGCGCCGCCUCACAGAGCCGACCACGCAGCCCGACUUCCGCGCCAUCCACUACGGCCUCGCCGUCGAGCGACCCUCUGAGCUCUGGGCCUUCCUCGACUGGGAUACCGUCGAGCAGCACCAGACGUGGCGCGAUUCAGCAUCCCACGAUGACCUGAGAAAGAGCCUCGCGACCAUCAGCGACGCGUCCGCCCCCAAGUUCUCCCUGUACAUUACGCCUCAACCUACAUCUGUCUUCAACGACCCUGCCUACCCCGUGGUCGAGGUCCUCAACGUACUCCUCCCCCCUGACAUGGACGAGGCCGCGAUGAAGAUGGUAGAGGACCGAUGGGAGCAGUUUGCCCGCCAGGCGCUUCACCCGCCCGCCCUGUGCGGCAAGAUUGCGACAGGCUGGUCGCUGGAGAACAAUGCUCCGGUGCGCGACGAGGAGGGCAAGACGGGCAAGGUGUUCCUCGCGUUGAUUCAGUGGCCGAGCGUGGACAAGCACAUGGAGAAUAGGGGGCUGCCCGUGUUCAAGGACAGCAUCCACCUGCUGCGCGAUCUGCCGGGCCUGCUCAAGAUGGACAUGUUCCACGUCCACGCCAAGACCAAGACAGCUGCUUGA